ACAAAGCCAUCACCCUACGUCGUUAUCCGGGCUAUGAUAUCGUUUUCCAUCGCUUAAAGCAACAGAAAACUCACUAUGGACGAACUUGUGGAAUUUCUUCCGAGAGCACAGUGGCGGGGAAGAGGUCAACACACUUCUAUUUGCGACGAUGAUAGAAACCUCGAGCCUAUAUUAGUCAAAUGCGUGUCGGAAAUUCCUCUUUCAUUAGAAGGCUUCGGUCUGCAGGUUUGGAAAACAACAGGAAUUACGAGAAUACUGGAAAAAGCGGCCUAUAUAAUCCCGGUGUCUAUAAUUGAAGGCACACCCCAGAUUCUCGACGGACCGCCACUUGUUCCGGGAACAGCUCCCUUCUACUUUAAAGACCAGGCUAUUAUCUCUGGCUCUCUUUACUACAUACUCGCAAAGCCCCCCAGUACUAAAGUACUAAACAAUCCGAAAAGUAAUACGGAGGCUUGACGAGAAAUGGCAGAGUCAGUCAUGGAAGGAUUUACAAGGGGUGAAUUACGUCAAUGUAACUAACGCCCACCUACUACACAAUAGCAUAUCAAAGAUUGUCUUAUGCUUCUGAUGUCGCUUCGAUAGACAGACCAAGUGUCGCAUUUGUGGGAUUGGUCGACGUACCCGAUUCAGAUAAAGCCGAUUGGUAUUCAAUAUGACCAUUCGUGUACGUUGAUCCAAUAUUCUGGGUCCCGGCUGAAGUUAGUAGAGGACCAUUUGUACUCCCUCCAGCACCAUGGAGUGAAAACCAAGGGUUACACGAAGCAAUUAUAUCGUCAAUCGACAUAGUGGGUCUGAAACAAUCACCAGUAACGCCAACUCUAUCUGCUUCGACUGGACGUUUGGGGAGGUAUAAGUAGGGUUCAUCUGAAGCAAACACAUCUUCCAUAAAAGCGAGAUCGAA